CGAUCUCAUCACUCUUACACCAAUCUCUCUCUAUCUAUCUCUUUUUAAUUUUGUUUUCUCUCUCUCUCUCUCUCUGCUCUUUCCAAUCUUUCUUGUCUGAAUCCGAAGCUAAAACAUGUCCGAGAGACCAAGCCGUCACCAAAGAAGACCUUCUCAGAGCUUCCCGAUCUCCCUUGAUGACCUCUCCGAUAUCUCUCUCGCAGUGGCAGCAAGUCCUCCUUCAUCCGUUCCUACUCAGCCACCGCGCCACCAGAUCCCUCCGCCUUCUCCGGCAGCUCCUCCGGCAAACCACAGCGACAAUGUUAGCAAGGAUCACAAAGGGAACGCUUCUUCUAAUUGAUUUCGCUUACCUCAAAAAAAUUUAAGUUUAAGCCUUUUUUUUAAUUAUCGCAUAAGCCUUCUUCCUCUGUUUUCUAUCUUUCUUUCCGCUUAAUAAUCAGAUUUUGUAUGAUAAUGAAUCAAAUGUAAUUUCGGGUUUAUGGUGAUAUUAUUGAAGAAUACAGGUGAAAACCUUAUCAUAUUUGAAUU